AUGGCUGCCGAUGUCCUUCCUUACGACCUCUAUUCCGAUGCUCCUGGAAUACUGCUAAACAAGCCUGAAUGGGAAGAGGCUAAUGCAGCCCACCCAUCGGAUUUCAACUUCGGCUCAACGCCUAAGGGUUGGCCGAGCAAGUUUACAGGGCCUGAGGUGUGGACUGGAGAGUACCUCGAACAGAAUCCGGAUUUGUAUAUUAAACAUCUAUCCGAGGCAGAGAUUGCCGAUAUAGACAACGCAAUUAAGGAAUGGAAGAAAUUGGCCUUGCCUCUGUCAUCAAUCAGCCGUGCCAACUUCGCUCUACCCACUGCUGGACCAACCCUUCGCCAGAUCUCACAAGACAUAUACAAAGGUAUCGGAAUCCAGCUUCUGCGCGGAUUCCCCAUCUUGAAGUAUACUAAGGAAGACCAAGUCAUCGCGUUCCUCGGAAUCAACGUAUGGAUCGGUCGUCGACUAAACCAGGGCGCAGAAAGGGGACUUUGCCAUAUCAAGAGCAUCACGCAUAUCGACCCAGCCGAGCGUGGAAAAAUCUACGUCUCAGCCCAGGACACAAAUGCCCAGAUGUACCACAGCGACGCAGGCGGCGACAUAGUAGGCCUAAUGGCUGUGAGUCUAUCUGGAAAAGGCGGUGCUUCGAUGAUCGCCAGUGCCGGCGCAGUAUACAACGCUCUUGCAGAGAGCCGACCUGACAUCGUAAGACUACUAGCCGAAAGGAAAUUCCGCUGGAGAGCGAAUGGAAUCCCAGAUGAAGGGGUCAGGCUGAUUCACGAGCAAGACAAGCAACUGUUUUUGAAUUUUUCAACGAGAACGUUCAUCGGUUAUGGCGAGCUUCCGGAGCGGGAUACCGCCUUUCCAGCCUUGACGUUUGAAGAGCGCGAGGCCUUUGGCGGAUGGCAAUGGGUAGCAGAGCAGCUUGCGCUGAAGACAGAGCUUCAAGUUGGAGAUAUCGAAUGGGUCAACAAUCUUCAUCAUCAGCACGCAAGACGCGGAUUCACCGAGGACAUCACGAAGCCACGCCAUCUCCUGCGUGUGUGGUUGCAUGACGAUGAAAAUUCUCCGAAACUGCCGACUGAUAUCCGGAAUAAGUUCGAUGCCAUGUUUUCAGAGGAACCUACCUUUUUCCCUGUUGAUGAGGUUGAGGAAGACCGGUGGAGACGGGAGACUGGCGUGUUCACCGGUUCGUGUAAGCCCGAAACUGCUACAGAGCGAUUGGAGAAUGGGGGUAUUGAAGCUGUGAAUGCGAAGGUUGUUAGAUAG